UCAUGUACCCACUGCUUUACCGAGUGAGCUUUUAACCUCGUAAAACUGACUGAGCAUUUUAAAUUUCAGUAUUAUCUUUUUGAAAUAUGUGCAGAUUUUUAAUAUAGAAUCAACAAAAUUAAUUUUAUUCUUAAUAAUAUUAGAUAAGUAUUAAAUAUACAAGUAGUAGGAAUUAUUUAAAACACAAAAGAUUGGUAUAUAGAUAAUUAUAAAAAAUCAUGGCUACAAAUAUCAUUUUAAGGAACUGGAGGAACCUACAUUCCGUCAGUAUUAACUGUUAUACAUGGAACAGAUCAAAGCACCUCAAACAUAUUGGGACAGGAAUCUUAACAGGGCUUGCUGUAUACAGUGUAUCUAACGUCACUACAGUUCUGGCAGCGCAAAAUAAUCUGCACAAUUAUGUUAAAACCUUUAUGGCAGAGCCUAUCACUGCUGUUAAAGAAUUGCAGAAUAAUCAGGAUAAGAUGAGAACGAAAAUGGAACUGUUGGUGAUGAAAACGCAGGCAGAUUUUUGCAGAGCUCUCGAAUCGUUAGAGAACGAUGGAUCCUCCUUCAAAGUGGAUCGCUGGUCCCGAAAAGAGGGUGGUGGUGGUAUCACUUGCGUGCUGCAAGAUGGACAAGUAUUUGAAAAAGCGGGUGUUAAUGUUUCCGUGGUGACUGGCAUAUUGCCACCGAAUGCAAUCCAGCAGAUGAGAGCACGUGGCAAAAAGAUGGAAGAUUCGGUGCCGUUUUUCGCCGCAGGCGUGAGUGCUGUAAUUCACCCGCGCAAUCCCAUGAUUCCUACGAUCCAUUUCAAUUAUCGUUACUUUGAGAUAGAGAACCCGGACGGUACUACUCAAUGGUGGUUCGGAGGCGGUACGGAUCUUACUCCGUACUACCUAGACGAGAAGGACGUCAAACACUUUCACGGAACGUUGAAAGCCGCGUGCGACAAGCACGAUCCUGCCUACUAUGCCAAGUUCAAAAAGUGGUGCGAUGAUUACUUUUACAUCGUACACCGUGAGGAACGGCGCGGCGUAGGUGGAAUAUUUUUCGACGACCUCGAUAGCCCAGGUCAGAACGAGGCAUUUCAAUUCGUGACUUCGUGCGCCGAGGCAAUUAUUCCGUCGUAUAUUCCCUUGGUGAAGAAACACAGGAACGACGGCUACGGAUAUCAGGAGAGACAAUGGCAAUUAUUACGACGAGGUAGAUACGUCGAGUUCAAUUUAAUUUACGACCGAGGCACCAAGUUUGGCCUAUAUACACCUGGCGCGCGAUACGAAAGCAUACUCAUGUCCCUGCCCUUGAAUGCCAAAUGGGAGUACAUGCACAAGACCGAAGUCGGCUCAAAGGAGUCGCAACUUUUGGAGGUACUGAGAAAUCCGAAAGAUUGGUUGGGUGGAACAAAGUCGGACGGAGUAGGCGAAUAGGUUGAACAUACGUAAUUUCAAAAUCAAUCAAUGAUCAAUGAUCUUUAAUUGGGAACAAUUAUGAGAAAGUGCAAGGUAAUAUUAUAAAUAUAUAUAGAUUAUUAUUUUAGUACAUGAUCGAGAUCCAAAAACAACAGAAGUGUAUCAGUUUUGAGAGUUGAGAAUUUAUAGAUAUACGAAUUUACAUUAUAUACCUCAUGUUCGAAAUUUGAACAUUAACAUAUUCAAUAUCAGUUAUGUGGAUAUGGUGCUUCCUUGAAAUGUCAGAUGUUGUAGAAAUAUAUUGUAAAUAACCAUGUAUAAAAUAAACACAGAGAUUUUGUACAA